AUGUCGGACACGCCGUUUUCACAAUGGAAUUAUUCCACUUCCGUCAGCCGAUGUCUCAACUCGAAAAGUUCUGCAUCCCUCAGUAAACAGGGCGAGGUGACGCCGAACCCAGCUUCUUCCUACUCUAAGCAUGAACCGCCGCCGCCGUUUAUCUUUCAAGGCACCCAAGGCUACGAUCCGCCAGUCAUCUCCCCUGCGACCGAGUCCCGAUUCUCUUCUUCUGUUCACUCUUGGGUCGGCGGCGCCGAGCAGAGUAACUCCACGACAAUCCCCAGUCCUGUUCAUUCUGAUCGCAGCUCAGCAGCGCUUAAUGGCCGCUUAAAUCUGUUACAAGCCCUACCCCCGCAACCGCCGCGACAAGUCUCGUCAGGCAUCCCGAUGGGAUUCGAUCGGUUACUCAAUCAUUCUCCAGAGCCUUCGCCGCCCCCAAGACGAGUCUCGGCGUCCCCACGUUACCACCUGCACAUUCGACAACAACCCAUAGCUGCUCGGGCUUGCGGUGCUGGUGAUAGGGACCGGCGACCAGUAGAUCCGCCGCCGAUCAUCCAGAUGCUGCUCACCGACUUCGACCCGCAAUCACAGGCCGAUCUGGACACCCUUCAAGAUCCUCGGCUUACCGUCGGCUGUCUGCUUCUCCCAGUAUCAGCAGCGAAUUCGUGGCCCGGCUCGCCCGAAGCCGAUGGGUUGUGCGCAAACCGAGAGGACCGCACGACCUCUCAAAGGGCCGAAGAGAAUGGUCCCGGCCAGGGCACGCCGCUGCUUUCAGGGAAAGCUUUUGUUUCGCCUUUCCACGUCGAAUUGGAUCCAGAUCCCCAGACAGCCCCGCCUCAUCCCACAAGCGUGGAUUACGGGGUAGAGACGAAGCCUGGAGCGGCCAGUCCUACCAACGGCUUGGAUCUGGCCAAAGUGCGAGUCCCCGCAACCUUCUUCGUCUUCCCCGAUCUCUCGAUCCGGUCCGCUGGCGUCUACCGGCUCCAGUUCCGGCUCAUGAACUGGGGCCUUGUGGAAGACACAGGCCAAUCCAUGCCCGUCCUGGCCGAGGUCUGGUCCGACCCCUUCCGCGUGUAUCCCGCAAAAGACUUUCCUGGAAUGCGGGACUCAUCGCCUCUGACCGAGGCUUUGAAGGAGCUCGGGUUCGUGGAGCUCAAAACCCGUGGCAAGGGGAAGGGCAAGGGGCGGCGGAGAUGA